AUGAAAGAUUUUGAAAAAUCGAUACAUACACAUUGUAAUAUUUCUAAGUUUCUUCCAUCAAUAUCAGCAUCAAUUGGUGACUAUGAACCUCAACGUUUUAUAUGGCGUUUAUGUUUUGCUUUGGAUAGUAUUCCUCGUUAUAUCAUUGCUUAUUUACAAUUAAAUCAUUUACUUAAUCGUCAUCAUAUUGAUUAUCCUGAAUGUUAUACAUUAGAUAAAGUUGAAGCUGAAAAAAAUCCUGUUGGAAAAUCACGUGAAGGACUGCAACCACUUGAUCAACCAAAUGUAAUUUUAAAUGGUCAAUUAUAUUGA